UAAUUCCUGUGCACACGAGGAGGUGGGUCGGGUCGACGGCUGCAUUAGUACGACGAGGACUCUGCAGAAAGAUGACUGCGGGAGGAAGUGAUGAUCAUGCGGGUAGUACUGUCGAGUGCAUCACCGCUGGUGCAGAUUCAUCUACACCACGAGGACCUGAAGUUGUAGAGGCAGGACCAGGAGGGGCUGAAGAGUCCUCACCUGAAGAAAGACAGCGGAAUGGAGAAGAUGUGGGAAAGGUAUCAAAAAUUGAUGAAAAUUUUUCAAAUCCACCAAGCAAAGGAGUCCACCAAGAUGGUGAAACUUCAAUGGGGGAGGAAAUCAGUUCUCGUCUGGCAGCAGGAAACGGGAUGAAGGCGGCCACAUUACUAGAUGUUGGUGUUAAAGCAGAUGAAGAGACGUCUGCAGGAGCAGUUGAAGCUUCAUCAGGACUCGAGCAAGAAAAUGCUGUUAAAGUUAAUGCAGAAGCUAGACCAACAUCUCCACGACCUCGACCUCCAGCAGUACUAGCAUCAAAUAACGCCGCCACUACAGCUGGAGCUGCUCCGACCGGGACCGGCGAGGGCAACAAACAGCUGAACCAAGAGGUCAGCGAUGCUACUGCCAGAGAGCUAGAGGAUGCCGAUUUGCAACGAAUACAGACACAAGUCGAACAGCUUGGGGUUGCGGCUAUGGAGGACGACGCCGUUUUAUUCGGUCCACAAGUUACUGCUCCACGAUCUACUGUUCUUGAGAAGGAGAUUUUGAC